GCAAAAUGCCGGUCGAAUUGCCCGUUGACCUGUUAAAUAAACCGCUGCCGGAGAUUGUUUUCAGAAGAAAAAAUAACGCCUUAUUCAAGAAACUAGCGCGAAAGACUCACUUCAAUAUGAGAGAAGUUGAAGCGUUAGCUGUUAUACAUAGGAAAAUAACACAAACUUUGGGUCCUAUGACAAGACUGGUGUUUAGAGAUGUUUUGCACUCUGGCCUGGAUUUCACUGAAAAUAUUCGGCAUCUAUAUAUCGACAGAAUAUUCUCUGCGUUGGACAAGAAAAACGUUCUGCAGAUUCAUCUAGAACAAUGGAUCGAAGGGCUCUCCACAAUUCUUCGCGGCAAUCUGAAUGAAAGGAUACACUUCGCCUUUAGCAUAUACGAUUUUAUGCACACUAACAAAUUGAAGAAGGAACAAAUAUUUCUGACAAUGCGUGGUUGCCUGAUCAAACUGCCAACGGACGAAGAUCCCGACGAAGCUGUGAAGGAUUUGAUAGAUUCACUGUUGAAAAAGCUCGACGUCGAUCGCGACGGUGUAAUAUCCGAAGAAGAAUUUCACAGGGCCAUAAAAGAGAGAAACCUACUGUUAUUAGAAUGUAUGGGGCCGGUGUUUCCGUCUAGAGUAGCGCGGCGGACAUUCCUGAGCACAUUCACGGAUCGGCUCGGGCGAUUUUGAUCCGCAAGUUUCACGAGGCAAGUGAUCGUAUGUAAUCGCGCGCUCGGUGGCAUCUUUGUUUUGUCAAAACUGUAACAACAGACUUGUAUAAUAAACAUGUGAGCAAGCCGCUUGAAUUAUAUUGUCAGGACCUAUUGAAGCUAGGGAACCCAAAAGUGCAUCUCGACGGACAAACG